UAAAAGUUGCAAUAUGGGAAGCGCAAUUGUUAGAAUACGCUGAACCACUUGCAAAAGCUUCAAAGGGACUUAGUAUUGGUAGGAUUCCUUUGAAGCGAAAAAAUGUACUGAUGCAAACUGGUACUUUAUUAUCACUUAGGCAUUCAAUUAAUUUAAACACAAACUUGAUUGAUUCCGAUUUUUAUUGGGAGAAGCAAGACUUGGAACCAUAUUAUAGGAUGGCUUUAAAACAUUUCGCCGUUGCCGGCCGACGAAGAAUGUUAAAUGCGCAGUUAGAUUAUUGUAGUGAAAUACUGAAAGUGGUGAACGGUAUGCAAACUCAUAAUUGCGAAGCACGACUGGAAUGGAUGAUUAUUUAUCUUAUUGUAAUCGAAGUAUUCUUUGCGAUAAUUGAUCAUUUUGGUUUUAAUUUGGGUCCUCCACAAAAGGUUUUUAUUGAUAACUGUGAAGAAUUAAUAAACGGUAUCAAUGAAGCAGUGCAAAAAAAUCGAUGAUUAGCAAUAUUUCUAUGCUAUGUCCCUCUAUCUCUCUUUUUUCCGUGUUCUAGUUGUUAUUUCACGACAGCAUAUUAUGAUUAUCUUAAUCCAUUCG